CGAUUUCCGAUUUUGCGGUUUAGUUUCUAGUGGUAUCGAAAAUGUGUUUGCCUCACUUUAGAGUCACGCAAAAGUCAAAAUGGACAACCGCGAUGCUUCCAGACUGAACGCGCUGUCAAUCAAAAUGAUUAUCUCGGUAGGGUUUUCAGUCUUUGGUUAACGUUUACCAAACCUCCACAUGAUCCGAUGAGCAUGUAAUACUGUAUCGGCCAUCUGAUCAAUGUUUUGGAAGCCCUUUCUGCCGUGUUUCCAUGUCGUAAAUCUCCGAAAAUAUCCAAACACGGUGCUGUUGUUGACCUUUGGCAGCAUUCCGCCCACCCCCCUCCACCCCGCUUAAAAAGCUCCUUGAUUUCCACCUCCUUAUAACAAUGGCCUGUCCUGUCCCGUCCCUCCUCCAGGGGCGGAAAAGCCGCUACUGCUGAAAAGUUUUCGAAGACAGAUAUCAGUGAGAACAAUGGUCAAGGAUAAGGCAGGCAUCCAAACUCGAGGGAAUCCAUCGUCAUUACUGUUAAUAAUUACAGUCGGGCGUUGUGACUGCCGCGUAAUUUAUUGAUGGCCGAACAGCCGGCCGUCGCACUUGCGAUCCAAAUGCUGGAGGAGGAGGAAAGCCCAGUGGAAAGUUUGGAUUUGUAGUGCUCGAUCAGGUUUAAAGGAAGCGAUUCAUUGAAAGCGGCGCUCUUCUGGCAUUGCUCGCUAUUUAUCAAAUCCGACAAGUGAUCCAGACCUCAUGCGCUUCCUCGUCUGGACCUUUUGUUGUUAGCGGCGUCAAAGGUGAUCUCAACGCUUCCUAAUUUGCUUAAAUGGAUCUUAGCAGCAGCAGCAGCAGCAGCAGGUUGUCGGCGGGACUUCAGGCAGCCGCGAUGCAAGCAGGGGCCAGCCAGUAUGUGGUGACGCGUUCCCUGUACUCGGAGGAGUCGUUCGCCGAGGAGCACGAGAAGGUCUACAGGCACCGCAAGACCGCGCUGGAACACGUCAAGCAGUACUUCACGUGUGAUGCCAGACGUGCCAAAAAUGCCGUUUUCUCUCUUCUGCCGAUCAUCGGCUGGUUAAAGAUCUACAGGGUCAAAGAGUGGUUGCUGAGUGAUAUCGUGUCGGGUGUCAGUACUGGACUUGUCGCCGUACUGCAAGGUUUGGCCUACUGUCUCCUGGCUUCGCUUCCGCCCUGGUAUGGCCUCUUCUCCGCUUUCUUCCCCGUUGUCAUCUAUUUUUUCCUCGGAACCUCCAGACACAUCUCAGUGGGUCCGUUCCCGGUGCUGUGUCUGAUGAUCGGGUCGGUGGUCACCAGACUGGUCCCGGACGAAGGCCCGCCUGCGAACAUCACGGGUUUUGAAGGUCUCACCAAGGAUGAACAGAGAGUGCUGGUGGCAUCCUCUGUGACGUUCCUUGUGGGAAUCAUGCAGCUGGCGAUGGGCAUCCUGCAGGUGGGCUUCGUAGUCAUGUACCUAUCAGACACUUUGGUGUCCGGCUUCACCACCGCAGCUGCCAUCCACAUCCUGGUGUCGCAGCUGAAGUUCGUGCUGGGCCUGCAAGUCCCCGGAAUAAGUGGGCCGCUCUCCAUUAUUUACACUUUGGAGAUCAUCUUCAACAAGAUCCAGUCCACCAACGUUUGCGACGUGGUCAUCUCCUUGGUGAUCAUGGCGGUGGUGUUCGUCGUCAAGGAGCUCAAUGACCGAUUCAAAGCCAAGUUGCCCGUUCCCAUCCCAAUCGAGGUUAUCAUGACUGUCAUCGCAUGUGGCGUUUCUUACGCGUUUGACUUCAGGACCAAGUAUGGCAUCGACAUCGUCGGCCAUAUUCCAAAGGGGUACGAGUCCCCCGUGGCCCCAAACCUGGUCAUCUUCCAAGACACGGCCGUGGAGGCGUUCCCGAUGGCCAUCGUGGGUUUUGCCGUGGCCUUCUCUGUGGCUAAGGUCUAUUCUGUGAAGCACGACUACACCAUAGAUGGAAACCAGGAGCUGAUUGCUUUUGGAGUCAGCAACAUUUUCGGUGCGUCCUUUAAGUCUUUUGCAGCCAGCACAGCUCUGUCCAGGAGUGCUGUACAGGAAAGUACCGGUGGAAAAACUCAGAUAGCCGGCUUGCUUUCGGCAAUCAUCGUGAUGAUCGUUACCUUGGCCGUGGGCUUUCUCCUGGACCCCCUCCCGAAGUCCGUGCUGGGGGCGGUGGUCAUCGUCAACCUGAAAGGAAUGCUCAUGCAGUUUCGAGAGAUCCCGUAUCUGUGGAGGCGGGACAAGCCGGACUGUGUGGUGUGGUUGGGCACAUGUAUCGCGGCCAUCUUACUGGGGCUGGAUCUUGGUCUGGCCGCGGGUCUCGGUGUGGAGCUACUCAGUGUCGUGCUCAGGGCUCAGUUCCCCCGUUGCAGUGUGCUGGCCAACAUUCACGGCACCGAUAUCUACAAGGACCGAAAGGACUACGUAAACAUCUAUGAGCCCGAAGGGGUGAAAAUCUUUCGAAUCCCGUCGCCAAUCUUCUUCGCCAACAUCGAGUUUUUCAGAAGCAAACUUGUGGAAGCCGUUGGUUUUAAUCCACUGAGGGUGCUCAGGAAGCGAAAUAAGGCGCUCCGAUUGAUCCGGAAACUUCUUAAGAAAGGUUAUCUCCAGUGGACAUCAAACGGCUUCCUGAACACGGCGCGCGGCCCCAUCAAGGAGUCGGUUGAGCUUGAAAGCAACGCGGAGGAACUGGUCCAGCCCACCGACUUCAAGGACCUGCCCGCCCGCGUGGACUGGAACGCCGAGCUUCCCGCCAACAUCAUUGUUCCCCGAGUGGACCUGCACAGUCUGGUGCUGGACUUUGCGGCCGUCUCCUUCCUGGAUGUGUCCGCUCUCAAGGGUCUUAAAGCGGUCAGUUCAUAUUCUUGGACAAUUUCGUCAUGUGUUCUCAUUACGCUGUCGUCUCAUUUGUUGCAGGCUCUCAAAGAAUUUGUCCGUGUUGAAGUGGAUGUCUACAUUGUUGCCUGUGAUCCUUACAUCCUGGACAAAUUGCAUCACUGCAGCUUCUUUGAUGAUGAAGUGCAGCCGUCCAUGUUCUUCCUGACACUGCACGACGCCGUGCUGCACAUCCUGGAUAAACAUCCCCAGUGCUCCCAAAACGAGUCCAAAUACAACAAGAUUGAGACAACGGUCACGGUCCACCAUCCUGCGGGAGGUCUCAGGAGCAGAGACAGGAAUGCACCGGAUCCAGAAACCAGAUUUUAACUUCAACUCGUGAUUGCUUAUUGUGUUUAUUUUAUUGUUUGUGUUUGUUUUUUAAAUCGCCAACACCAAAGGAAGUUUUUUUUUUGUUUUUUUUUUCCAGAUGAGCUCAUCAGAGCACAGUGCACUUAAUAUGUACUGCAUGUCAUGUUUGUGACUUGACAAUCUGUAUGCAAAGAGCGAAAUUUUGUGUUUUCAUACUGUACAUAGCUGUUUGUGGAUGUGUUGCAAUGGAUUUGUAUGUGCUUCAUAGGUCUAUAUUUCCAAGACGAUGAGAAAUAAAUUAAGUUUUCGGAAUGCCUUGUUUUGAAGCUGUCGACGUUUUACGGCGCCGCCAGCCGGAACAAAGAUCAUCUGUGACCUGAAUCACGAUGUGGAGUAUCGAAUAUGGAUGGAUGGGCGUUAAAUAAACAUCCAAGUAGUCAAAACAAUUCUAGGUUUUAUACCUAAAAAUAUAUAUUUCAUAUGACGAGAUCCUGUAACAUGAUGCACAUUUGGAGAGUAAAAUAGUAAACAAGUGUAUUUAAAUGA